AGACCAAAGCCAAUUGUAUCAAAUUUGUUCAUGCUUCGAAUCUGUUUAAAAUGCCAACAAGACACUGUCAACAACAGGCCCUGAAACUAAAAUGCAAAAACGUGACUUUUGAUCCAAUUAUAUCGAAUAUGUUCAUGCUUUGAAUCUGGUCUCUCUUAAUCUCUUUUAAACCAUCCUUUUGUAAUCAUAAUAAGUAAUAUAAGAUAAAAUUUAAAAGAGUAGAAGAUGGGGGGAGUAAGGGUAAUAACCUGAGAUUCUAAGAUAAGAAUAAGGUAGGCUAGUGCAAGUCCGAUGGUGGAGCUGUAGAGGUGGAGGGAGCCAAGGAGGAGCUAUUCAACUACGUGCAAGUGCGACGGUGCGUGCGUGCGUCUGCUACAACCGAUGUCGACGACGGACGUGGAGCGUGCAAAAAGGCGACGGAUGAUGCUAAAGCUGAAAAUGGUGAUCAACGAAUAAGGAAUGGGGAUAGAAUCUGGUCCCUCAAACUCACAGUCUCGCUCGACUCAGGAGAAAUUGAACAUGAGCAGAGUGAUGGCCGAAGGCGGCAGGGGCAACUGGCGAGAGGCGAAGGUGAACGAAGGAGAAGGCGAGUGGAGGAAGUUCUCAGCUUAUCUCCUCACUUCCGCAGGGCAAGGGGCAGCCAACACAGGUUUCACGGUAUCAAUCAGAAUAUGGACAGAUUAAAAGUUUGGUCGUCAGAACCUAUGUAUCUGUUAGUAAGUUUGAAGGUCGAGCAGGAGAGAUUACGAUCCAGCUAUCUAGGCCAUCUGGCUCGUCGAGUGCGUGAUGCAGAUGAAGCCAGUGACCUUGCUCGUCUUAAAGAACUUUACCAUCAAAAUGACCCUGAAGCUGUGAUUAGAUUCUUUGAAAAACAGCCAUCGCUGCAUGCCAAUCAGUCGGCACUUUCUGAAUAUAUUAAAGCGUUGGUGAAAGUUGAUCGGCUGGAUGAAAGUGAAUUAUUGAAGACAUUGCGGAGAGGUAUUUCUAAUUCAGUGAGUGAGGGUGAUAGUAUCGGUGGCCUUGCUGCUUUAAAAAAUGUUGGGAAGGCCACAAAAGAAGGAAUUCUUGGAACUUCAAGAGCUCCAAUCCAUAUGGUGGCUGCAGAAGGUGGAAAUUUCAAACAGCAGUUGUGGCGCACAUUUAGGUCCAUUGCUAUGGUCUUUCUACUGAUUUCUGGUGUGGGAGCACUUGUUGAGAAUAAGGGAAUCAGUAAAGGACUUGGUAUGAAUGAAGAAAUGCGACCUAUCAUGGAUUCAAGUGCAAAAUUUAGUGAUGUAAAAGGUGUUGAUGAGGCAAAAGCAGAGUUGGAAGAAAUUGUUCACUACCUCCGAGAUCCUAAGCGCUUUACUCGUCUCGGAGGAAAGCUGCCAAAAGGUGUUUUACUCAUUGGCCCUUCUGGGACUGGAAAAACAAUGUUGGCAAGAGCUGUAGCUGGAGAGGCGAAGGUUCCUUUCUUCUAUUGUGGUGGAAGUGAAUUUGAUGAGAUGUUUGUUGGCAUUGGAGCACGAAGAGUUAGGGAUCUUUUUGCUGCUGCAAAAAAGCAGUCACCCUGUAUAAUUUUCAUUGAUGAAAUAGAUGCUAUCGGAGGAAAGCGAAAUCAAGAGUACCAGAUGCACAUGAGGAUGACAUUGAAUCAAUUGCUUGUUGAACUAGAUGGAUUCAAGCAAAAUGAAGGCAUUAUUGUGGUUGCAGCUACUAAUUUUCCUCAAUCACUGGAUAAGGCUUUGGUGAGACCCGGGAGGUUUGAUCGCCAUGUUGUUGUUCCUCUUCCAGAUAUAGAAGGAAGGCGGCAGAUUCUUGAAUCCUACACGUCCAAGGUUCUGAAGGCUGAUGAUGUUGAUAUAAUGACCAUUGCAAGAGGGACACCUUAUUUUUCUGGUGCGGAGCUUGCUAACUUGGUGAACAUUGCUGCUGUCAAGGCUGCGAUGGAUGGUGCUAAAGCUGUGAGCAUGACUGACCUUGAGUAUGCGAAGGACAAAAUUUUGAUGGGAAGUGAACGCAAGUCAGCUGUCAUAACUGAGGAAUCAAGAAAGUUGACUGCUUUCCAUGAGGGUGGUCAUGCUCUUGUGGCUAUUCAUACUGAUGGGGCACUUCCAGUUCACAAGGCAACGAUUGUCCCAAGAGGAAUGGCUCUUGGCAUGGUGACUCAAUUGCCUGACAAGGAUGAGACCAGUCUCUCCCGCAAGCAGAUGCUUGCCCGCCUCGAUGUUUGCAUGGGUGGUCGGGUUGCAGAAGAGCUAAUAUUUGGAGAAAAUGAAGUAAGUUCCGGUGCUCAGAGUGAUCUGAAAGCAGCAACUAAUCUGGCCAGGGAAAUGAUUACUAAAUACGGUAUGAGCAAAGAGGUGGGACUUGUUGUUCACAAUUACAAUGACGAUGGCAGAAGCAUGAGCUCAGAAACUAGGCUUCUUAUUGAGAGGGAGGUCAAGCUACUUCUGGAGAGAGCUUACAACAAUGCAAAAACUAUUCUAACAACUCACGAUAAGGAGCUUCAUGCCCUCGCAAAUGCUCUACUCGAACACGAGACUCUUACCGGAAGUCAAAUAAAUGCCUUGCUUGACAAAGUAAGGUCUAAGCAGCAAACCACAGCCUCCCAGGAUUAAGCACAGAAUAAUUCACAAUCACCUAACCCGGCAACAUCUCUUUGGCAAAGCAACUAUAAGAGGCUUAGAGCGUCAAAUAUUUUCGGUUUGACUCUGGUCUUCGAAGUGUUCUUUUUCCCCCUAGCAUCUAGAGUAGUCUUUCAAAGUAGUGCCAAACGGGAGCAAGGGUUUGUUGAGAUAAUAAUUACACAUUUUAAUAAACUAGUUUUUGUUCAAUAAUAUAAUCAUACAAUGGAAAGGUCGAAAUGUUAUAGAAAAAUCAAGAGUGCAGUAUUGCAAAGGGGGAAAAAGGUAAUACAAUAUCCUAUGUAAUUAUUGUAAGGAGAAUGAUAGAUAAGUUUUAUGAAGAUCAAUUAAUUUAAAUGA